AUGUACGAGGACUCGUGGUACAACUCGAUACUAGACUUCCAACAACCACAGGCACAGCAGCACAAGAGGGUCCCGUCCCAAAGCUACGCCCACCGCCGCAGGAGCAGCACCCUGCUGCAGCAGCCAAAUGGAACGAACGCGCCGAAUGGGGGAGUAGAAGACCUCGAAGAGCUGUUGGAAGAGGAGGAUGACGACUCCCCUCCCGAGGCAGACCUGGCACGACGUGCCCAGUCCUUCUCCGAUUUCCAUGCCAUCGUUCGCGCCGGGCUCAGGGAGGAUGUCCCCCAGAAGAGGCGGAGGAGGAGGACGAGAAGGAAAGAGGACAAGAGCUUGGAUGCGUUGGCGUUGCCUGGGAUCGAAAAUGUCAUAGACGAGGACGACGACGUCCUGCUGGACGCAUACCAAGAUGAACUGCUGGACGCUGGCCAGCAGGAAUACACGCUGUACGGAGAGCAGCUCUCGAUGACGGAGAGACAUCUCGACACGUUGAUACAAGACACGAACAGCGCUCUGGAGCUGCUUGCCUCUCUGUCGGAAUCUUUCCGCGGCGUGGAGGAGCAGACAACAUCCUUCCAGGCCCAAUGCGAGGACCUGCUAUCUGAGCAGCGGCGUUUGCAGAAGCUGGCUGACGAGGUUGGGACAGACCUGCACUACUACGCCUACAUCGACAACGUUAGCCGGCGAUUGAACGCUCCUGGAGCAGGCCGCUUGGUGGAGGACGAGUCGUUCGGGGAGGUGCUGGAGAAUCUGGACGCCUGCAUCGCGUUCAUGGAGAAGCACCCUUCAUACCGGGACUCCGAGUCGUACCUGGCGCGAUACCAGUCUCUACUAACAAAGGCUCUGCACUUGCUAGAAGUCGGCCUUGAAGCCCGGCUGGAGAGAGUAUCGUCCGAUAUAUCAAGGCAGAUUGCUGCGACGCAGUCCGAAUCAGCCCGGCACGCCCUUGCCUACGGCCGGUUCGAGGAGAUGAUGCUCGAGGAUACGUAUUUUCUGAUCCCGAACGUGCAGAAGGUUGUACAUCAGGCAUAUGACCCAGCUGGCAACGCUCUCUCUGGCACGAACUCCGAGAUAUAUUCCAACACCGCAAACAACAUCUUCCAGGCAUACAUUGCGGCCCGCGACCGCGACCUCAGGCCUAUCAUCCAGCAUGACCUGGACACUUUCAAGAAAGAGGCCAAGGACGCCUCGGUCGAGACCGCGUCGAGGAACUAUGUCAAGCAAUGCUUCGAGAGGUCUUAUAACGAAGCAAUGCUCUUCGCAAAGAUCUUUGCUGUCGAGCCUCACUACAGCACGGACCCCACAUCUGCCUUUGUGACGCUCAAGUCGCACCAGAGGGUUAUGGUCAACGCGACCAACGUUGUCCCCAUAGCGAACAGCUUGCAAUCGGCACUACAGGGGGCGGAAUUGCAGACCAUCUGUAAUAUUCUCGGGUGGAUCACCAACGAAUAUCUUGUCUCGGACUACGAAGAGGAGGAGUCUGCCUUUUCAAGACACUGCCAGGAGCUCGCGGCGCGCUUGCUGGCAGAGCACCUGUGGCUGUUCACAGAUGCUGCCUUUGAGGCGGAGAUCGGCAAGUCUAUAACCAAGGUUACCGUUCUGCCCGAUGCGCUGAAGAUUGGCCCGGUGGUUGACGGAGUCGCAUCGUCGAACGCAUACCCACCAGUGAAGCGAGCCCUAGAGCUGUUGGUCAUGUUCGAUCAGUCCAUGCCGAAGGAGCGAUGCCAACGCAAUAGCCCAGUGGUGUUCAAGAUCGUGAAAGAGACGAUUCAAGUCCUUCAACGCGCCGAGGCUCGCAUCAAGACCACCAAGGCCGGGACGGACCCGGACCUGUUCAUGAUCAAGAACCUGCUGAUACUCAAGAACGAGCUUGUCUCCCUCGAGAUAGGCGACGUGCGCAACCAGGACCCGGGGAUGCAGUACUUCUCCCACAUAUGGAACAACAUUACUCCCCAGAACCUCGUCGGCUACGUCAGCAGCUUCAUCCCCGGCGCGGCGUCGUUCCUGUCAUCCCGCGUGGGCGGCGCCGCCGCGGCCGCCAUCGCGCAGGCACCAACCAACCCCGCCGCGGACAGCGGGGACGCGAGCGAGCAGCUGGACGACCUGCUCCGGCGGGCGAUCGGCGCCUUCACGCACCGCUGGGCCGUGCUGCUCGACGACUCGCGCGCCAGGAAGACGGGCGGGAAGAACCUGGCCAAGGUGGAGAGGGACCUCGGGGAGAUGCUGCAGACGGCGUUCAGCAACCAGCCCGAGGUGGUGGGGAAGCUGAACGAGGCUAUUCAGUUGCAUGUGCAGUCGUUCAAGAAGUAG